AUAGGGGCCGGUGCGGGCGGCGCGGCGGCGAGGUCUCUGGCGCACAGCUCGCAGGUGGCGGCUCGCUGGGUGCGCGGCCGGGCAGCGCUGCUCUGAGAUGGUCUAUUCCCAAGCCCUGGGCUUCACGCACGGCAUGGGGGUCCUGUCGGAAGAGGACAACUUGGUCGAGGCGAUGAAGAAGUUCGUCAACCAGUUCACCUCGGCGAGAAAGGAGAAGUGCGCCGACAAGCCCUUUGACAGCGGCUGUUCCAGUGAAGGAGAGAUGAGCGAGGACUCUGGUGUGGACAGGAGGAGCCCGGAGGACCCCCUGGACGAGCGCCUGUGGCAGGAGCUGGCCCAGCAGAUGGAGCUGUGCCUGGCCCGGGCCAAGAAGACCGAGCUGCAGUGCCAGGAGGUGCUCAUCCCGCGCCAGCUGGCCGGCAGGAUCGCGCGGGACGCGCUGCGGACGGCCUCGGACGAGCCGUGCGGACUCCGGGGGGCGGUCAUCCAGGUCCACCUGGAGACGGGCAGCGCCGUGCGGGCGCUGGGCAGCAUCGUGCCCGACCGCAGCGUGACCCCCACCUUCGAGCUCUCCGUGGUGUUCAAAGCCGACCAGGACAACUGGCCCAGCCUGAGGCACUUGUUCGGCAAAGUUCUCAAGCUCAGCCCCGGCUUCCGCUUGGUGAAAAGAAAGCUCUACUCCUCCGCAGGCCCCCUGAUACAGGAGUUUUAAUCUGCAGCGUCUGGCUCUCAGCACUUCAAAGGAAAGCACGCAGCACUUUGAGCUGGAUCCCACCUCCUUCCCCUGGCUUUGUGAAAUGAAUUCUCUCGUGGACUCUACCGCCAGGCGAACUCCUCUUGCCAGGCGAGUGGGCUCUGCUGAGCUGUGUCCAGUAUCCGUCACGGCCUGCCGGACUGUGGAGAGGAGGGUUGCGGUGGCAUUGUCUCAGGAACAGCAGGGGGACGGGGGACAGCAGCACGCUGGGCGACUCGCUCCGCUGUGACGACAGCUCCUGCCCGGAUUGCACGCAGCCGCAGUGAGGCUCGGCCCGCCCGGUCAGGUGACCCCGAGACAGUGAGUCACCGCCCAGACAGAGCAAUCCAGUCUGCACCCGGGCCGCCUGAAGCGACUCCACUUGGAAACGUCGCAGGGACAAGUCUCUGGCAACUUGUGGGAAAGGGUUAUUCUUAAAUAAGAAGGAAGAAACACUACCACUGGACACCUUCACAUUGUUCUGUUUAAAUUAUUGAUGGUAUUGAAUGUGUAUUUAUUUGUCUCCAAUUCAGUUUUUCUUCAUUUACACAGAAGCGAUCCUUUAUUAUUCAAACCUGUCUUCACACUCUCUAGUGUUCUGUCUACCUGGCUGUAUAACCAACAGGGUGGAUACAGAUUGGUGGGUAAGGUGUUGCCUCCCAGUAUAGCUCUAAGAACACUGUCUCACUACGAUGAAGAGCAGACUUUCUCCCUUCGUUUCCUAACAGCUUUACAGAUCUCCUCAAACAUGGAAAGAGGGAACAGGCAUUCGGGAGGUCCAGAAGGAAUCUGAGAGGCUUCUGGGUGACGGGGGGCAGUUUGUGUCCAAAUGAUUGUAUCAGUAUUAGUCGUCUGUAUUACACACAGAUCCGUUUGGCCUAGAUCAGGGUCUUCAGUGUCCCUGCUGGCUUUGUGUUGGCAGCUCUGAGUGUGUGUGGUGUCGAGUGCCGUGUGUAUGUAUUUGCUGACGAGGGGCGAGUGUAUUAAAAGUGCCUUGAUGGUCUGGGUGAAGUGUGAGAAGAGAUUGGGGACGGUAUGACAGACUGCGAUGGGCCUCCUGGUGUCACAGGAGGAAGACGAGAGUGUGCUGGUCACGCUCACAGACGUGUGUGGAGAAUUAGCUGAGCUAAUGACGGCCGUUUUUGUUACACUAUUUUGCAAAACUGUGAAAAGAACAUGAAAUAAAGAUUUUAUGCUGUA